AUUUUCACUAAAACUUACAUUAUUGAAUAUCUCAAUAUUCACUGCAGCCUUCAGUCGUCACCAAACAUACCUGAUCCUAUUUCGUUUUUAUUAAAUAUUUUACUAACCCACCCACCCACCUCCGCUAAACAUCGUGAUCGCUACAGUCAAUGGAGUAUACGAAUGCCAAUUGCCCAACUUCUUUUAUAUGAAAUGAACUGUCUUUAA